AUGGUCAAGGAAACAAAACUAUACGAUCUUUUGGGGGUGUCGGCUGGCGCCUCUGAUGCCGAGAUCAAGAAGGGAUAUCGGAAGAUGGCGCUCAAGUACCACCCGGACAAGCCCACAGGAGACACAGAGAAGUUCAAGGAGGUGUCGGAAGCGUUUCAGAUUCUCAGCGACAAGGAGAAGAAGGAGAUCUACGACACGUACGGGCUCGAGGCGGCCCGUGGGAAUGCGCCAGCGGGGAAUCCGUUCGAAGGCAUGGGUGGAGGAGCAGGCGGGGCCGGAGGAGCAGGAGGCCCUGGCGGCACGUUCCGGUUCUCCAGCAGCGGGGGCGCCGGAGGGCAUCCGUUCACGCAGGCGGACGCGUUCAACAUCUUCAACCAGUUUGGAGGGUUUGAGGACAUAUUUGGCGGAGCCGGCGGGCCUGGCGGCGCCGCUGGCGGUCGCAGUGCCCGUGGCGGGUCGCCGUUUGGCGGCAUGGGCGGCAUGGGCGGCAUGAAUGGCAUGGGCGGCAUGAAUGGCAUGGGCGGCAUGGGAGGAAUGGGCGGCAUGGGCGGCAUGGGCGGAGGAGCCCCUCCGCCACCGAAGCGGGAGGCCGAAGUGGUGGACCUCAACGUGCCAUGCUCGCUCGAGGAGUUCUACAAGGGCGGGGUGAAGAAGUUGAAGAUCAACAGAAAGGGCUCGAGCGGGGCAAACGAGGCGAAGAUAAUAGAAAUCAACAUCAAGCCGGGCUGGAAGGCGGGCACGAAGAUCACGUACCCGAACGAGGGCGACUACAAGAACGGCAUGAGACAGACGUUGCGCCUGAUUCUCGCAGACAAGCCGAACCCGGUGUUCAAGCGCGAGGACAACAACUUGCGGGCCGUGGUGAAGCUCUCCUUCAAGGAGUCGCUACUCGGCUUCCAGCACGAGUUCACCACCGUCUCGGGCAGAAAGCUCCACCUCUCGCGGAGCACCCCGACACAGCCGAACUUCACCGAGACGUUCCCCGGCCAGGGCAUGCCGAUCUCCAAGCAGCCGGGCAAGUUUGGCGACCUUAUCAUCGAGUACAAGGUCGACUACCCAACAUACCUCACUGCCGAGCAGAAAAAGGCCAUCACAGCAAACUUCUAG